UUGAGGGUACUACAACUAAAGUCUCUUACAUACGCACCCAUUCAGUGGGAAACAAGCAAGGCAUGCAUAUUAUCAUGUUCUGUCCUCACACAUUAACUGUUAACUAACAACUAAUCAAACAGGAACAUCAUUAUUGCAUGAUUAUACUGUAAACCUGGCAUUAUAGGCAUAGUAAAAGGAGUUUACAUUGAAUUUCUGAUGGCAACUUGGGAAUGAUAAAAUGAUGCCUGUAAUAUUUGGUUUACAGUGGUGUCAGAAUCCCUAAACAGAUAUUGGAGUAGUGGACUAUUUACUGAAUCAUUAUAAAGAAACCUUCAGUUUUAAUCCAAACUAACAGCUAAUUCCUUCAAACCUGGACAAUUUGUUAACCACAUGUAGUUUGGGGAUGUUUCUUUAUGUUUGACAGUAUGUACUGAAGGCUGAAGCGGUCACUUUGAUCAUUGUUAGAUCAAAGAGCCAUCACUGCACUGUCCAUAGAUGACUGUCCUUUUGUAGGGGCUUCAAAACCCUCAUAGUGAGAAAAAGAAGUCCUGGGUAGGUUGGUCUGAUAGGGUGUCAGAACUCUGGUGGAUCAGAGAACCAUCUCUAAGAUACUUAGCUAAGGACUGUCCUAUUAUAGGAUCUUCAAAGCCCACAUAGAUAGUGUGUCCGGAGCCUUGAUAGAUCUGACAGAAAACUCUCACUAUGAUACUCAGCAGAGGACUGUCCUAUUGUAGGGUCUUCAAAGCCCACAUAGCGAGAUACAUGUAGAUUACACAGAAAUCCUGGGGGGAGAUUGGUGCCAGUGUCAUCAGCAUGCACUCUGCCUCAAGUGCUGGCACUGUAUGGUUUUGUCCAUAGUUUGUUAGUACUGAAGACAUGAUAUCAAGGUGUGAUUGGUAGAGAAACUUGUCUGUCAAAGCUAUCAUGAUAUCUGUCUAAACUACACUGCAACCUUCUGGAAUUUCUAUGCCUCCCCCUUUGCUAUCAAAUAACCAGUUGUAGGGUUCAUUUUUGACAAGUUAAUAAAAUAAUAAAUAAAACUUUUCUCUUUUUUAUGCCAAAAGUUUGCCCCAUGAUUUUUCUCCGCAAACAAUUUUCAAUAGGCAGUGCAGCUAUUUUCUGUCAAAUAACAAUGAUUAAAGACCAGCUCUAUUAAUCUACACAAAAAUUCCUUCCUAGCUCAUUUUCUGUGUCUAUAUAUUUCAUUGCAUGGUGCCAAAAACUGCUGGAGUUGUUAAAUAACUCUAUGAGCGAAGAUCAGCACAUUCUUUUAUCAAUAUUUAGUUUUUAAUAAUCUAAGCAUAGGAAUCUUAUCUCCUUGUUAUUUUGUGUGUCCACAAUGCGUGCUCAUCAUAGGUCUAUAGAUUUGGAUUUUAACCACUGCUGCUAGUUAGAAUUUAUCUGUGUCAUUAAAGAGCAAUCAGUCCCCAACAAAUAUUUAGACAAAUCCUCGCUCCCUGGUCCGAUGGUUCAGGAUCGCCGGGUUUAAGAUGGAGGAACUGGACAAGGAAGUGAAAAAGUUGAGAGAGGACCUCCAAACUCUACAGAAAGAGAAAGAGAAGUCAGACUCAGAUUCACGCUCCUCCACCCCCGCCAAUGUGUUCAGUGGACGUCCACCCAGCCCCGCCCGCUCUCCCAAUGACCUUGCCAUCCGCAACAUCAUCCAGGAGAAGACAAAGAUUGAGAGCGAACUCGUUCAAAUCAAAUCUCAACACCGAAGCACACAAAAUGAGAACACAGAACUCAAGUCAAAGGUGGAGUCUCUUUCGGAGGAGUUGGAGAAAUUACAAAUUUCCAUUCAGCAGUUACAGAUGAAGAACAAAAGUCUGCGAUCUGAGCUUGAGGAGGCCGAGAACCAGCUGGAGGAAGCUGAGACUGCCAGUGAGGAAGUUACAAAGGACAGGGAUGAGAUGAAGUUAAGACUCGGAAGUCUAGAAAAGGAGGUCAAAAACCUACGAGCUGAUGCUCAGAAAACUCACUCAUUGCAGGACUCUGUUCGAAUUCUGAACCAGGAAAAGUGUGAUUUAACUAAUGAACUUGAUACUGUCAAGCGUGAGCUCGAUGAAGCUCAAUCUGAAAAAGAACAGCUAGCCAAUCAAAAGCUUGCACUCAGUAAGGAGGAAAUUCGACUUACGGAGGAACUUCAGGCGAUGAAAUCGGAGCUUGAUACAUACAAGUGUUCACAUGAAGAAUUGACUGACCAGAAAAACGAGUUAAAUAGAACUUUAACAUUACUAGAUAAAACAAACUCUGAAUUAGAGACCUUGAGAUCUGAGAAAUUUGAACUGAAUUGCCGGUCUGAGAACUUAUCCAAGGAAAAUAAAGAUUUAUUAAAUCAGGUUGAAAGUCUUCAGGGAGAGUUAGAGCGGUUACGCUCGGACGGCCAGGAGAUGUCUAAACAGCAGAUUAUUAUAAACCAUAUGCGAGACCAAGUUCAAAAACUCACCAAAGAAAUUAGUGAUUUAAAAAACAGUCUGCAAGAGAAAGAAAAGGCAGAAAAAGAUCUCAACAAAACAAUUGAAGUGCAGGAGGCAGAAAUUAGUAGAUUAAAAAGUGAUAUUGACAAUUUAAAACAUGUUCAUGAAAAAGAAAGAGUUGACAUUCAAGAGGAACAUGCAAAUGAGAUUGAGGAUUUGAAAAUGAAGCUUCAGCUUACACUUCAAGAAUUAUCUCGAUCGAAACAAAUGUUGGACGACGAACGGAGUCAGUGUUCAGAGGUAGAGGUCAAAGCUCACGACCUUGAGGUGCUUCUGGAGGAAAUGCAAAAAACAAAUAGUGCUUACGAGAAAAAAUUAGACGAGGUGUCUCAUCUAGAAAAGAGGGUGAAAGAUUUGGAGAAACUAGUGUCUGAAAAAUGUGAUAUUGAGGACCAACUAGAGGACAAAAAUCGUGAGAUCUCCGACCUAGAGCAGGAAAUUGAGGAGUUUGAGAGCAUUAAGUUAGAAUUGGAAGAUACGCGGGAAAGUUUGGAUAAAGAAAAAGUGAUCCGAAGCAAGCUAGAGGCCACGGUCCGUGACCUGGAACAAAUCCUGGAUGAUCAACGGACUGACCACGAGAGCAUUCAGCAGCAGUUUACUAACAAGCAGGACAUAGGAAUUUUGAUUAAAGAAAAGGUGCAAUCUCUGGAGAGUCAGGUGCGAGGUCUGCAGGAUGAUCUGUUUGCCGCCCAGGAAGAACUCCAGGUUACCAUGGAGAAACAUGAACAGAUGUUCCUUUACCGAAUGUUAAGGAUCAAUCUUAGAGAGUACAUACUUGAUAGAAUAGGGAAGGAGCUUGAAGAGGCCCGGGCAGCACACAUUGAAAUCCAGGAGCGAAUUGAGUCGGAGAAGCAGAGGCAGACCUUACAGUCCAGUCCGGAGGUCAAUGGAGCGACGCAGAGGAUAGAGGUCCAGAAAGUAGAGAAUCUAGAGAAGCAGAUAGAGACAAUGAAGACACGUUUAACCGAGACUCAAAAUCAACUGGAUAAGGCCACUCAAGAAAAGUCCACAUCGGAGAAAGAAAUCAAAAUCCUCCGAGAUUCACUGAAGCAGAAAGAAGGCGACAUGAAGGAGAUAGAGGCACUGAGACAGGAGCUCAGUCAGGCACGGCGAGAAGUCGAACACUUACAGCUGUCCACGAAAUACGACGGCGAGGAACGACAGAAACAUGUGGACAGAAUCCGGUCUCUGGAGGAGCUGUCCAAGCAGCUCGAGCUGGACAACAGGGAACUCGCCACCAAGCUGCAGGAGUCUAUUCAACAAAUCAGUCAUGUUGAAGAUCAGAUAAAGCGAGAGCGGCAGAGGAACACAGACAAACAGUACAUGAACCACCGGCAUGUCAGCCAGAUAGAGGCUGACCUUGACGAGGCCACCAGUCAGGUCAGACAACUCAAGGACGACCUCCAGAAGAAACAGACUUAUAUCAUGAAGUUGGAGGCUGAUGCCAUCGGCAAUGCUGCAAAGUAUGAAAGUACGAUAUCUCGGCUUGAAUCUGAAUUGAAUGAGACCAAACAGUUUCAUAAGAAAGAAUUAGAGGCAGUGACGGAACGCCUGGAGACGACGUGUAAAGACAACAAGGAGUUACGGAAUCAGAUCAGGGAGAAAGAUCAGGAGUAUCAGAGUUCGUUCCAGGACGUGAAUCGAUAUCGAGGCACUGCAGACCGCCUGGAAUCGCAGAUCCAGACGGAGAUCAAGAUCCGCACUGACCUGGAGAACAGAAACGCAGCUCUGGACAAAGAGAUUUCUAAAGCUCAAACAGAACGCAAUGAGGAAUUUCCUAAUUUAAGAGUGUGGAGCCAGGUCCGUUCAUUGAUGGAGAAGAAUGCCAGUUUGGAGGCAGCCAAACGAAGCUUGGAGGAUGAACUUGAAAGGAAGAAUUCCAGUUCAAAGUUUGCAGAGACAACUCUGUCGCAGGCAUCGGCCAAUCACGAGGCAGUUCUGAAAUCAGUGCAGUCCAAAGCAGACUCAGCGGAGAAGAAAGUGGUUUGGAGUGGCCAUAAGUCCCCGGUACAGAGACGGGAAACCAAAGCUAAACCUUUUAUACUUAAAGCCGAAAAGCUUCAGCAUGACCUUGAGACAGUGACCUUCAAGUUGAAGACGGUGGAGCAGCAGCUGAGUCAGGCGGAGGAGCUGAAGAACGAACUCCAGGACAAAAAGGAGAAAGUCGCCGCACUGCGGAACCAGCUGGAGGCUGAGAAACUCCAGAGGACUCUACUUGACCAGACUGUGUCAGAAUUAAAACACCAGGUGUCGCUGCUGAAGUCUCGCGAGUCCAAGGUGAUAGACCAGAAUCGAGAGCUCCAGCACACCAUGAUUGACAUGGAGACCAAACUGGACGACAUGCAGGAGCGGAACCAGACAGCCCUAGACAUGGAUGCGUUGACCUGGGAUGAGGAGGAGAACAAUGAGCAAAAGCGUUACACUGAGGUUGGAAAACGAGGACUGUUGGAUCAAAUCCACAAACUCCAGAAAGAGGUUAAGGACCUACAAUACGAACUUCUGACGGUGAAUGAGCGACGGGAAAUACAGGAAAGGAAGUAUGAGGACCGAAAAAUGAAGACCAAGGUCAAGCUGAUGAGAGCAAGGACGUUUAAUGCGGGUUGUGUGGAAGAAGGCCAGGAGUUUGUAGUGGAGUUUUACUCCAAGGAGAGAACGCGUAUGCAGGAGCAGCUCCGCCAGUACGACGACGAUCUGAGGCUGACGCGAUCCACGCUCAGGAAGGAGAUGGACUGGAAAGAGAAAAUGGAGAAGAACUACCAGACCGUGCUCCGCGAGAAGCGGGAAUAUUUGUCUCAGCUGUCAGAUAUGGAGGAAGCCGUACGAGAGAAGACACGAAUGGUGUCCAUGCUGCAAGUCCGUACCAAGUUCUUGGAGGAGGAGAAUUCUCGCCUGCAAGAUCGUAUCGACUCUAUCACCAAACAGAAGCAGGGAUUAGAUAAGCUGCUCAAAGAAUACAAACUCUCUGGUAAAGACGUGCAUUUGUCUCGCCUGAGUUCAGACAGCCGACCUCACAGCCUGACGGGGGGUACCAGUGGUAUCGGGAAUAGCGUGGAUUCCAGCUGGGUCAACGAACAGGACCCGUACAUCGAGCCGUACCUGGGUUAUCGCAAUACGCAAUCCUCCAACAUGGUAAUAAAUAACUACCUCAGUCGAAGCUUCGAACCUCAUAGUCACGCUGUCGAUUUAUAUCGUGGGGAGACAGGAAGUGAAGAGUCGUACAGUCGCGAGUUUGAUACCUAAUGACUCAGUCAACCAUUCCAUUGUCAUUGAUUAUUAAUAAUCAAAAUGCCAUUUUAACCAUCAAAUUGACGUACAAUUUAAAACAUUCCAUGCCAAAUACUGACAAGUAUUUCCACCACCUGGUGAUUUUAUUGAGGCCAUUUUUUCUUUUUUUCAUUUGUUUUAUUGUAGAAAAUUAGAUUUUUAUAUAUUGUAAUUUUUCAUUUUUAAGAAAUUUUCAUUUAUAUUUAUAAAAUGUGAUAAUUAACUUAUUUUAUGUAGUCUUUUACAUGUAGUUGCCUUUUGAAUGAGACAAUACAUCUUAUUCAUCAGAUUCAUCCAAAUCAUCAGUGGUAAAUAACAGGCAUUUAUAUCUUUUCAUUUGUUGAUCUAUGUAUGCAAAUGUGAAAAAUGCAGUAAGUGAUGUGAAUCUAGCUGAUAUACAAAGAGCACUCGGGCCUCGAUAUUGUUGUCUGUAUGUGCCGGUGUCUGUUUGUCCCUACGAAUUUGUAUAUGUAUAGGUCCAUUUGUAUCUUUGUCCGUCCCAUUGUAUGUCUCUGUAAAGUUAAUAUUUGAUAUCAUUGUCCAUGGCGAAAAUGUGAACCUUUUUGUAGCUAAUAUUGGUAGAAAAAUACAAUAAUUGUAAUAUUCAGAGAUUUUUUUUUAUAAGAGUAAUAAUUUACGGUACAUUACAUUGUUGGUUUUUGAUCUCUCGGAUAGGCUUGUCGUAUAUGUUUAGUUGGAGUCGUGCAGAGUGUGGGGUUUUUCUUUGUGAAGUGUUUUGUUUUUUUCGUUUUCAAAGAAAAAUUUCUACCAAUGUCACCCAGAAAUGAAACUAUGAACAGAGCUUGUAGUUUAGGGGAUUGAACAGUCAGUGCAAUGCACAUGAUGAGGAUAAAGCUAUAAAACUGCUUUCACAGAAUUUAAUCUACUUGCUUUCGAAGAUUUCUAAAUACAUAUUUAUUAUUUAUUUCCUUUUAAAGCAAACCCUGCAUAUAAGUUAUUUGAAAUCUUAAAAUGUACUGUAGUCAGAAUGCUUUCCAGGGUUGUACUUGUUAUUGAGUUAAUGGUAAUUUUAUGAAAAAUAAUUUAUAAUUGUAGUUAAAUUUACAAAAACAAGUGUAAGUUAACCAAUUCAUUUCUGGUGAAAAUGACUUUAAAAAAGAGCAUUCCUUUUAUUUGUUCAGUAGACGUAGAUUAUGAUGUCGUGUAGAGUAGAUAUAUUGGUUUGUGACAUCACCAUGUUGUAACAUCUCUGUAGCUGUAGAUCCAUGUAAUCAGUAGAUACAUGGUAGAUACAUGUAAUCGGUAGGAUCAUAGAGAACCUCCCUGUCCUCUUCCUUGCCUUUGUAAGGAAGCGGCCAGACUUACCCAGAGUUCUGUGUAGUUGUACGUUGUAGUAGAGAGAUAUCCUUGAGUUUUAUAUUUCCUUUUUUUUUUUAGAUAUGUAAACAGAAAAUAAUCAGUUAAUACACAUUGUAGUAGAUUUUUUAUUAUGAUACAUUCCUAUGUUAAAGCUGUGAUACCGAGUUACAAUUUCACCAGAUUUAUAUACUUUUUGGAGUAGAUUCCGUCCGCUUGUGUUACUCAAUGUUUACGGUUGUCUAGUCUAGUGUGCGAGUCACAGACUCGAGACAAUUUUUAAUGUUAUCUCUGUAUCAGAUAUUUGUUCUAAUUCUCAUUCUGUCAGUCUGUCAGCAGCAGAUUGGCAGGUGGAUCUUUUUGCUUUUCCGUCUUACUUGUCAAUACAAUUUUUUUUUUUUCUGUCUCUCUAAUCUGGACAAUGUUAUAUUUAUUCCAUCUCGCUUGUCUCACAAGAUAUUUCCACUGGAGGCAGCUGGUCAACCCUCCGAGCCAGUUUGGUGCCUUGUUAUUUGUAUACCAUGCAUUUACUGUCAUCAGUGAGAAACACCAGAAAACAGUCCAUUUGUCUCAUCAAUGUUUAUAAAGAAAAUAAAAUAUUUAUAUAUUAUGUCAA